UACUCAGCAUCCCCCACUCACUAUUGUCGGACUCGACUCUGCCCCGCCUCGAUAACAUGAGUUCACUUUCGGUGCAAUUGAACCCUUGACAAUUCAAUGAGUGUUCAUCUCUCUAUACAUAUACCAAAGGCCAGGAUAUACCCUCAUUGAUAGAUACUGUUUAUACCAAUCAAGACACCUCGACAAGCAAGGCAAGCGGCAGAGAGCAGGCUGAGCAGACAAGCUUUUUCAAUACCCCUCAUUUUCUUUUCUUUUUUUUCUCUUCUUCUUCACAAUGACCACCCGACUCAGCGUACUGAUAUCCGGCAACGGGUCGAACCUACAAGCGGUGAUUGACGCGGUGGCCGCGCAGCAGCUGCCCGCGACGACGAUCGUGCGGGUGCUCUCGAACCGCAAAGAUGCAUACGGACUGGAACGGGCGCGGGUGGCCUCCAUCCCGACGACGUACCACAACCUGGUGAAAUACAAGAAACAACAUCCCGCGACGGAGGACGGGGUGCGUGCCGCGCGGGAGGAGUACGAUGCCGAACUUGCCCGGCUGGUUCUGGCCGAUCAACCUGCUGUGGUCGCCUGUCUGGGAUUCAUGCAUGUGCUUUCGCCGCGAUUUUUGGGUCCGCUGGAAGAGGCGGGGGUGGUUAUUAUCAACUUGCACCCUGCUCUCCCGGGGGCUUUCAAUGGGGUGAAUGCAAUUGAACGAGCGCAUACGGCAUGGAAAGCAGGGGAGAUUUCAAAAACAGGCGUGAUGAUCCACAAGGUCAUCUCGGAGGUGGACAUGGGGACCCCCCUGGUGGUGCGGGAGAUACCGUUUGUCGCCGGGGAGGACGAGGAUGUGCAUGUCUUUGAGAAGAAGGUGCAUGCUGUCGAGUGGGGGGUGGUCAUUGAGGGGUUACGCAUGGCUAUUGAGAGUGUAUAAAUGCGUUGUACAGUAUGGAGUACCUAGUACUAUUCUGUGUAUGGCUCAGGCGAAAGUUCACUAACCAGUACUUGAAGACGAGUACGGUAUACUCCACGACACAAUGCG